GAAGAACAAUAAGAUCAGGGGAUUCCAGAAGUGGAAGGCGCCGAUCGUCACGCUGUUGCUCUACUUACUCAACAGCAGAGCCCGCCUUGGAUUUAAAAUCAGAUGAAGGAUUUUACCCCUGAGAUUCACUAGACCAAGACACUCUUGGGUCCUGGACUCACACCAGUGAAACUAACACAGUCAUUGUUACUGAGAAGUAAAAUGGCAGAAAAUGUGCCUAGGCUGGAGACAGAAAAAUACUCCUGUUCCAUCUGUCUGGAUCUACUGAAGGAUCCGGUGACUAUUCCCUGCGGACACAGCUACUGUAUGAACUGUAUAAAAGAACACUGGGAUAGAGAGGAUCAGAGGGGAAUCAACAGCUGCCCUCAGUGCAGGAAAACAUUCAGACCCAGACCCGAUCUCCUGAAAAACAUUGUUUUAUCAGAGUUGGUGGAGGAUCUGAAGAAGACUGGAUUCCAAGAUGCUCCACCUGAUCACUGCUAUGCUGGACCUGAAGAUGUGGCCUGUGAUAUCUGCAAGGGGAGGAGGAUGAAAGCUGUCAAGUCUUGUUUGUCCUGUCCUGCCUCAUAUUGUAAAAACCAUAUUCAGUCUCACUAUGAUGCUCCACCAUUAAAGAGACACAAACUAACUGACCCCUCCAAGAACCUCCAGCAGAACAUCUGCUUUCGUCAUGAUGAGGGGAUGAAGAUGUUCUGUCGUACUGAUCAGCGGCGUAUCUGUUAUCUCUGCACUAUGGAUGAACAUAAAGACCAUGAGACAGUCCCACUUGCAGCAGAAAGGACUGAGAAGCAGAAGGAGCUCCAGGUGAGACGACAGCAAAUCCAGCAGAGAAUCCAGGACCAAGAGAAAAAUGUGAAGCUGCUUCAACAGGAGGUGGAGACCUUCAUUCUCUCUGCUGAUAAAGCAGUGGAGGACAGUGAGAAGAUCUUCUCUGAUAUGAUCCGUCUCAUCCUGAAAAGAAGAUCUGAUGUGAAGCAGGAGAUCAGAUCCCAGCAGGAAACUGAAGUGAAACGAGUCAAAGAGCUUCAGGAGAAGCUGGAGCAGAAGAUCACUGAGCUGAAGAGGAAAGACGCUGAGCUGAAGCAGCUCUCAGACACAGAGGAUGAUAACCAGUUUCUCCACAACUACCCCUCACUGUCAGCACUCAGUGAGUCUACACACUCACCCAGCAUCAAUAUUCGUCCUCUAAGAUACUUUGAGGAUAAGACAGCAGCUGUGUCAAAGCUCAUGGAAGAACUUAAGGACAACCUGCGAGACACAUGGAAAAACAUCUCACUGAAAAUCACUAAAGUGGAUGUUUUAUUCUUAGAGGCAGGACCAGAACCAAACACUAGAGCGGAAUUCUUAAAAUUUUCCCAAGAAAUCACUCUGGAUCCAAAUACAGCAAACGCGAAGCUGUUAUUAUCUGAUGGGGACAGAAAAGUAACUUUAACUGACCAACUACAGUCUUAUCCUGAUCACCGAGACAGAUUUACUGAUCAUGUUCAGGUUCUGAGUAGAGAGAGUCUGACUGGACGUUGUUACUGGGACGUGGAGUGGAGAGGAGGAGGAAUUGAUGUUGCAGUUUCAUACAAGAACAUCACUAGAGCAGGAUGGCCAGAUGAAUGUUUAUUUGGGUUUAAUGACAAAUCUUGGUCAUUACACUGUUUCACAAACAGUUACACAUUCUGUCACAACUACAAUAACACUCCAGUAUUGGGUCCAGUUUCCUCCAGAAUAGGAGUGUACCUGGAUUACAAAGCAGGUAUUCUGUGUUUCUACAGCAUCUCUGACACCAUGACUCUCCUCCACAGAGUCCAGACCACGUUCACUCAGCCUUUAUACGCUGGGAUUAGGCUUUUUCUUAAUGGAGAUACUGCUAAAUUCAUUAAGCUGAUCUGAGGUCCAGUUGGAUAAAAUGUAUAUUUUAGUUUCCGUUUCUUUAGUCUUCAUCAUUGUUGCAGUUAGCUAAGGCUAACUGGAGCCUUCUGCAACAAGAAAGAGGGACAAGGAGAGCAAACAGUAAGUCCGUUUAUAGCCUGCCGGGUAACAAGACACCCACCACUCCCUUUUUGCCUUAGAGACUCUCCUUCUUUUCUUCACAUUGUAAUUUGCAUAUUCAAUCCUUCCUUAAAUGUUAAAGCUAAAGUUGGUUAUCCUGUUCUGAAACAUUUUUUGUUGUACUGGGUAAAAUCAUAAUUUUGUUCCUGCUUUGACUUCCCCCUGUCCCCCAAUUUCCGGGGGUAUCGCUUUAUCUAUUGGUUGUCCCACAUGCCACGUAGUGCCAGUGUCUGUGCUCGGUCCUUGUUAGUUCUAUUUCAUAUAGGCUUCGCCCUUUAAGGCUCUCGCUAGUAGAAUCUGGGGUUACAGUACGUAACCAACGUUUCCACUAGCUGGCUGCACAGGCACACUUUAGGGUUUAUGUAUCCAGUUAGCUUAGCGGCUAGGUUAGCUUCGGUGUUAGCCGUUCCAUUGUAGCUCCGCUGCUCACACUGUAUACUUCAAAGAUGGCUGAGAGUCACGAGAAGUGAACCGCGUUCAUGUUUAUGAGAAGAAGAGGAAGGUCUUGGUAGAGAGAAAUAAGACCACAGUGGAUUUGGGAGAUUUUUUUUUCAAACAAUUUCCCUGAAAAGUGGAAGAGCAUGUAAGAUUAUUAUUAUUACUACUACUAUUGUAAUUAAAAAGGGGACUUGGGGGAAACUUCCAGAAAAAUCACUGACUCUAGCUUUAAAACUGUUUAUAAGGGCGCUGCUAUGGCGGGUACGGAGGGAGAGAGACAGUUGGGGUGUUUUCCCUCUGCAAAGUGAUAUAUACAGGAUUUUAAAGAGACCUUCUUUAAAGUUUUUUUUCCUUUUUUCUUUUUAAAGAAUGAUUUUGAACUGUUCCAUGUUUAUUUCGAAUCAUAUUAUUUGUAUUUUAAUCACACAUUUUUGUAAUCUGGGCUUUUAUUUUAAAAAUAAACAUUUUCUUUUUGA